UCUGUCAAGUUCCUUUUCUCUAAUAUCAUGUCCAAGGAACGGGCAAACGGUGACACGCCCACCAGUGUCCCGGGGUGUGGCAACAGACCUUUAACGCGGCCCGCGCACGCACUCACCUGGGAAGACGUUGCUACUGAGUUAAAUGCAAACCCCAAAAAUGGUCUGUCGGCGUCCGAAGCAGAGGCUCGUAUAGACCAGUAUGGUCCGAAUGAUAUCGGGGCUGUAUCAUCUACGGAACCGCUUGAGAUCCUGAUCAAGCAGAUUGCGAAUGCAAUGACUUUGAUUUUAAUCAUGGCUACGGGCGUGAGUUUCGGCAUCCAGGCGUGGAUAGAAGGGGGUGUCCUUGCUGCCGUGGUGGUGCUUAAUAUUGUCGUUGGAUUUGUGCAGGAAUUCCAAGCGGGCAAGACAAUGGAUUCCCUGCGGACUUUGAGCUCGCCGAGUGCAAGUGUUUAUCGGGAUGGACAGGUUCAUAGUAUCCAGACAUCGAAUCUGGUCCCGGGAGAUCUCGUUGAAGUUUUGACAGGGAACACAGUUCCCGCUGAUAUAAGAAGUUUAAGAAUCAUAGAAGCGGUCAAUUUUGAAACGGACGAAGCUUUACUCACCGGAGAGUCCUUACCAGUUCGCAAAGCUGCCAACGACAUGUUUCACGAUGACACCGGGCCUGGAGACCGUCUGAAUAUCGCUUAUGCCUCGUCUACAGUAACAAAGGGCCGCGCAAGAGGUGUAGUAUUUGGAUCAGGAAUGCACACUGAAAUAGGGUCCAUUGCUGCGGCUCUACGAGAGAACAAGUCUGGCGGACUGGAGGUUAAGCGCAGAGCUGAUGGGUCAGCAAGCCCAGCAGCCUACGUGAUGGCCUUUACGUACCUGGUCGGGAACAUCAUUGGCAAUAUCCUCGCGGAAGUUAUCAAGACUUGCGAUGUUCCUCUUCUUUACAGCGGUUAUUUGUGCUAUCAUCGUCCUCGGGGCGAAUACGUUUGA